CGUGCAAAAAACUUGCUGUCAGCUGAUCAGGCUCGUUAUGCUCACUACAGUUUGACGCGAAACAUUGAUCAAGACACAUAAACAAAUCAACGCAAAAACAUGGUUGUGCAGCCAAACGAGAACGUUGAGCAAAACCCAACAAAUAACGACGUGAAUAAUAUUCCCGACGAUCCAGAGGCAAUGGAGGAGGAGGCGGUGGAUGACGUUGAUGUAGAAGAACCCGAAUUUGAAGUACUUAAUGCACAGUUAGAUCAACUCGCUGCAGCCCUAGAUUCCAUAGAAUCCAAAAAUGACAAUCUCUACGUUGAACUAAAAGAGCUGCUCGAAACAAGUAGGCAAGCCAGGUGUCAAUUUCAGGCAGCACAGGAAUCACAAACAAAAGAGACAUCAUAAUUACUUUCUUCCUCCAGUGUGGUAUAAAAUAAUGUAAUUAAAAGAUCUUUACGUAUGAUAAUGUUAAUAUAUUUUAUUGAUGUUACUUAUUUGAUUAUACUAGUUAACAACUGCUGUAAAAAAAUUGUGUUAAAAAGUAUUAUUUUACAUUCCUAAAUAACUUUGA